AUGGUACGUCGAAUCUGCUCUCGUCUCUCGUCAUCUCUUGGCCCAUCAGUCAAGCCUACUCUCCACCUACUCGUCUGUCCAUCCACUCGUCAAUCGACUGUUAAUAGUGGACGAACAAAGUCUGGUCAUUCCGUUCGUCUAUCCGUCCAUCCGUCGGUCUAUCCGGCCGAGGAGGAUCGGACUGUUUAUGCAUCAACUCGGCUCAGUAAGCAAAUCAACCGUUUAUUUAUAUUCUACCCCAUCACUGGCCGUAACUGCCUGACAAGCCCGUCAUGCGUCGCUUGGAAGCCGGCGACUUCGAGGUGCAGCCAAGUGAAACCGGCCCCUGGCGGUCUCGACUCCGUUGCCGUCGGUCUGGCCGGCCGUUGGGAGGUGACACGUUGCCGACGCGUCGCCAGACUCGGAGCCAGGCUUGCUGGAGUCUGCUGUCUUUCGACGUGGACGAGUGCGUCAGAUGGUCUGACGUGGCGUCUGGAAGGGAUUCGUCUAUUCCCGAUAAAAUGUAGUCGCCGAAACCCCACGAACUGCGGGUACAUGUUGCGCAUGUGCCGGUUCCGAUGA